AUGAACUCAAUAAGCACUUUCUAUUCACUUGGUGUGAAUAAUGCAAAGCUCUCUGGAGAUCUCCUCAAGGAUGAGAUCAUCUCUCAUGACACUCCACAGCCUGGUAAACGCAAACAAGGCCCACUAGUCAUUACUCUUUCAUUUGCGGCUGCAACAUACUUAGCUUCAAUCUUGACAACAAGUUCCCAUUCUGAUACAAAUUCAGAAAGUGAGGAGAGCAAAAAAGGAGACCAAGGCAAUGAAGGUAAAGAAAGUGAAGAAAUCAAGGAAUUGGAGGAACUUUCUGACUUCUGUAAACCAGUUCCAGCCAUUAAUCAGAUGGUAUCUCAGGCUGUCAAAGUUAUGUUAGUAUUCUUUCUUAUUGGUGUGGCUUACCUGAUACUAAUAAAACUUUUGAUAACAGAUAUUGAUGAGCCAGUUUUGUGGACAGAUGAUAUGUCAAACUCUGUAAACCUUACUAUUAGGUGUAUCCAUCAGCUGACAAAUCAAGGUAUCAACCCUCUUAGGAUAUCAGCGGAUUCAGUUGUGGCUGCACAACCAAAUUUCAACUCUUUGAAAUCAGGGGCCCUUCAAGAAUAUGCAACUCCUCUGCCUGAUGGUCAUCCUGCUGGGCCUGAUCAGAUAAUCACUGUCAUUUCAUGGAGUGACACUCUACAGAUGCAUCUUAAAAUAGGUGAGCAGUACCUCUUUUGUGUUAAAGUCAACCAAAAACAGUAUCAAUACUUGUCUCAACCUGAACUUGAAGAUAAAAUCCAGGACAAAGAACCAAUGCCUUGGGCUAUUGGCGUCUUAAUUGCGCUUGUUGCACAGUCAGAUGACUUAAGUCUUGAUCCAACCCUCAAAAAUCUCAAAUUUGGUCAAUGGUGGACAAUGCAAACUAUUAAAGAUUAUUUGAUGGUUAGGGGAACAAGACAAUCAAGCUACAAGGGAAAUUUACUCAUUGAUGAAAAAGCUUUUACUGUUGUUGCUAAAAAAAUUACCAAUGUUGAAGGACGUAAUGAAGACACCUACUUAACAGAAUUGGCAGUGUAUCUUCUGACUUCAUGCCUACUUGAACAUUUCAAAAUUGCAAUGUUUUUCUUGAUUCAUGUGACAGAUGAUCAAAAGUGGUUGUUGAAUACUCUACAAAUUGUGUUCAAUAUGGUACUGAGAGAUGAACCCUCUAAGCUUUAUCACAUUGAAGAAGUCUUGAAUCAUCCACUAGAAGUGAUUUAUAUCACACAAGCUUUCAGCCCUGCACAGCCCAAAUCUAUAUCAUCAGAUUGUUUGAGCGCAUUUGUGCAUUUCACCUAUGACUACUUCCAAGGUCAAGCACUGGUUUCAAACAUCAAGUUCAAGGAUGGAUCACUGACUGGAAUGUGCAUGAUUGACCACAAGCAUGUUUUCAAUUUCAUUUUGCACAAGUGGUCAUGGGACAACCCCGGCCAAGGUGGACUUGAUGCAUUUAUUUCAAGUCAUAUAUGCAGGACUGCUUGCUUUGCACUUGAUUUGAAUCCAGCAUCAUUCAAGUAUGACAAGACAGACAAGAAGAAUUUAUCAGAACAUAAUGAUUUUGAAGCUACACCAGAAGAUGGAAGAUCAAACAUUCAAAACAAAGAGUCUAGAAGUGGCACCUCUCAAUUGGAAGAAGAAGCAGGUGUGAUUGAUCAUGAGGAUGACGGUGAGAAUUGA